CCCAUCUAAUAUUUAUAAACCCCCAUUUCUCUCUGAGACUUUGAGAGUUUUCUCAGCAUUUACACAGAGAGAGAGAGAGAGAGAACUGAAAUUGAUCAUUGAUCCCACACCAUGUCUGAGAUCGUCAAAAAAGGUUGGAACAAGUACCUGCUUCAACUUCAACUCAACCCUCUCAGAACCAAGGCAAUUACUUCUGGGGUUUUGAUUGGAAGUAGUGAUAUAAUAGCUCAGAAGAUCACUGGAGUGAAAAAACUUCAAUUCAGAAGAGUACUCCUUUUAAUGCUCUAUGGGCUUUUGUAUUCGGGACCGUUUGGCCAUUUCUUUCACAAAUUGAUGGAUCUGAUCUUCAAAGGAAAGAAGGGCAACAAAACUGUUGCAAAGAAGGUUUUGUUGGAGCAAUUGACUUCUUCUCCUUGGAACAAUAUGCUUUUCAUGAUGUACUAUGGCGUGGUAGUUGAAGGAAGACCCUUUGGUGCAGUUAAGAAUAAAGUUCGAAAAGACUACCCCUCUGUACAGUUAACUGCAUGGAAGUUUUGGCCAGUAGUUGGAUGGAUCAAUUACCAGUACAUGCCUUUACAGUUCCGUGUCCUGUUCCACAGCAUUGUUGCCUCAUGCUGGGCUAUCUUUUUGAAUCUGAGAGCAAGAUCUGUUGUCAUUAAGAAGGCCUAGAAUGGAGGAAGAUGGCCUUCUCUCUCUCUCUCUCUCUCUCAUUUUCCAUUUUUAGUUUGAGCUUAAAACUUUUAUUUUGUUUCCUCAAAAAAAAAAGAAUCUCUUAUUUUGUGAAGUUUGCAAUGUUUAGAGUUAUGCUUAGAUACAUAUCAUCAGUGAAAUUAUUGAAGAAUCCAUGAUGGAUUAGUGUAUAAUUGUUAAAACAACAAUGCUACAGAACUCAAAAAAUUUAUUCAAAAAAUUACCCAGAAAAAAAAUUCAAUGAUCUACAUUUAUUGUGGGUAUGGCUCAUAUCCCACUAACUUUAAAUUUACACAAUAUACACAUUUCAGGGUAAUAUUCAUAAUAAAUUUUUGUGGUUCAUAGCAUUUUUGUUAAAAUCCCUGUUUGCUUGAUUGUAAAAAUUGAAUACUGUGCUCCUCCAUUUUACGGUUACUCAAUUCAAAUUAAGGAUACUACCUGAUGAAUUUUACAUUU